AACAGGCGACCACAACCACGACAAGAAAUGCAGCCAGUGCCAGACUGUUGGCAGCGCUUCGGCGUGUCAGCACUGUCGACAGGCAUUCUGUAUCAUCUGCUGGCCAAGUCACAUCAAAGAACUGAAGUCGCAGCUGCCAAACCUUCUGGACCAGUUACAAGGUGCCCAGGAAAGGCUAGAUCAUCACAUACAGGAUUUCAGGGAUGUCUGCAAAAGACUGAAAGAACACAUUAAUGUCGCCGUGGAGGUGAAGAUACAAACUUUGAGAGUUGAGCAGGAGAAGAUGAACGUCAAAGCCAACGAACUGCUGAAUCAAGGAGAGGAGUCUGUGAAGACUUUGCUGAAGAGGAUAAGAGACGUCGAGGAAACAGUUUCCAAAGGUCCAGACUUCGAUGCCAUCUCCGAAAACAGGAAGAAGGUGGCACUGUUUCUGCAGCUGCACCGUAACACGUCAUCGCUGCUAGAGGAAGUGUCCAACUGGGGCGAAGCACGCCCCACUUUCGACGCAGACAACUUCAGAAUUGACAUAGCAGAGGAAAGCAGAGCUGGAAGUGAGGUCGACAAUGUGUUCGAUGAUGAUCCAGUGUUCAAUACCACACAGGCUGCUCAGGUCAAUUCACCAGACAGCUUGUGCGAGUACUACAGGGCCCACUGUUUCACGCCUCGGAUUAACCUCGGUCGCUCAGUAUUGCAGCGGCCAGCAGGAGUAGGAGUAGCCCCUUGGAACAAUGGAGUGAACAUGUACAUAGCGGGGACAGACGGGCGGCAGGUUCUGGUCAUAGAUCGCAGCAGAAUGAAGCUGGUGCACCAGUUGAGUGCCCCCAACUUGCUCUACCCACACGGACUUGCCUUCUCAAAGCCUCUCCGUGAAGUAUACGUUACAGACAAGUGGAACCACUGUGUACACGUGUUCAGUGCUGAAGGGACUUACUUGCGCCAGUUGGGAAAGAAGGGCCAUGCUGAAGGCCACUUCCAGUCCCCCGAAGGAAUUACGUCUGGGCCUGGACCUGAUGGAAAUGAUGAUGAAACGAUGCUGUAUGUGUGUGACACAGGGAAUGACAGGGUUCAGAUCAUUCACCCCCUUGAUGGGAGCGUAAUUCGCAUUUUGGGGAUUCUGGAUCCAUUACCAGGACACAAGUUUAAGCGCACUGAGUUUAAUCAACCGACAGGAAUUGCUAUUUCCCAGGACAGAGUCGUGGUUGUUGAUUUUGGAAAUAAACGAAUUAAGAUCUACUCUCUUACAGGCGAGAGACUGAGUGAAUUUGGGUCAAUGGGAGAAGCCAGAGGCCAGUUCCGCUCACCAGAGUGCGUUGCUGUCGAUCCCCUAGGGUUUAUCCUCAUCGGGGACAGCGGAAACGCGAGAGUUCAGAUUUUCCGGCCAAACGGUACUCUCGUCAGAAUAUUUGGAGGCAGGGGAUCACGCCCAGGGAAGUUUGCCUGGGUUUCUGGCAUAGCCGUCUCUAAUAACAUGGACAUCAUCGUCACAGAUUCCAAAAAUAGUUCUGUGCAGAUUUUUUAGCAGACAUUACCUCAUGUGACAAUGUACUUCUUCUGGGUUAUAAUGCCACGUAGAUUUGUAGUUAGUCACCAACGUUCUGAAGAAACAUGCUGUCUGUAUCUUCAACCCUGAAGAUGGUGACAUUAUCUCUCCAAUGCAUUGGUAUCUACUUACAAAUCUACGUGGUACUAAAACCCAGAGCAUCAACAUGACAUCCUCGCCGCAAUGAGAACCUCAAACCUCACAUACGUGUCACAUUAGGUACCACAUCCUCACCUACAGUUAUGUAUCAUAUAAACCCAGAUUUAUCAACCCGUGGUCCACCAAUGUGGUUUUGUGCUUAAAGUGUACAUUUUCUGUAAUGCUGAGUAACUCUGUUUGAUGAAAAUUAGUUACCUGAUAUCAUAAAACACAGCUUGUUAAUGCUGCCAGUAUUCGGCAGUAAUUAUUGUCGUCAGCUUAAUGAAUAACAUGAAGGACUAAGAUUUGUGUUACUGAUGAUGUAAGCAAAUCACGACAAUAAAAAUUAAAUAUUAUAUUGAAAGAUUAGCAAAAGCA